GCAGACGCGCACACGCGCACACACGGACACACACUCCGGGGACGCACACACGCAGAGGCAGCUCGCCUUCCUGCCUGGCUUCCUUCCUGUCUAUUCCGUUCUUGACAGGCCUCUUGCUGCAGCCAGGGGCCGCCCGCACCGGGUCGAAGCCGGGUCGGGCCGGUGGCAGGGGCACCGGGGGCCGCGGGAGGCGGCGGCGGCUCAUGCCCGGCCUGUCCUCGCGUGGGGCGGGCACCGUGACUCGGCUGGGCCCCCAGCGGCGGGCGAUGUGAAGAUGUCAGUGGGCUGUGCCUGUCCUGGUUGUUCCUCAAAGUCAUUCAAGCUGUACUCGCCGAAGGAGCCCCCAAACGGCAACGCCUUCCCCCCCUUCCAUCCCGGCACCAUGCUGGAUCGGGAUGUGGGCCCAACUCCCAUGUACCCGCCUACAUACUUGGAGCCUGGGAUUGGGAGGCACACACCGUAUGGCAACCAAACUGACUACAGAAUAUUCGAGCUUAAUAAACGGCUUCAGAACUGGACAGAGGAAUGUGACAAUCUCUGGUGGGAUGCUUUCACGACUGAGUUCUUUGAGGAUGAUGCCAUGUUAACCAUCACUUUCUGCCUGGAGGAUGGACCAAAGAGAUACACCAUUGGCCGGACCCUGAUCCCACGCUACUUCCGCAGCAUCUUUGAGGGGGGUGCUACGGAGCUGUACUAUGUGCUUAAGCACCCCAAGGAGGCAUUCCACAGCAACUUUGUGUCCCUCGACUGUGACCAGGGCAGCAUGGUGACCCAGCACGGCAAACCCAUGUUCACCCAGGUGUGUGUCGAGGGCCGGUUGUACCUGGAGUUCAUGUUUGAUGACAUGAUGCGGAUAAAGACGUGGCACUUCAGCAUCCGGCAGCACCGAGAGCUCAUCCCCCGCAGCAUCCUUGCCAUGCAUGCCCAGGACCCCCAGAUGCUGGAUCAGCUCUCCAAAAACAUUACCCGAUGUGGGCUGUCUAAUUCCACUCUAAACUACCUCCGACUCUGUGUGAUACUCGAGCCAAUGCAGGAGCUCAUGUCCCGCCACAAAACCUACAGCCUCAGCCCCCGUGACUGCCUCAAGACCUGCCUUUUCCAGAAGUGGCAGCGCAUGGUAGCACCUCCAGCGGAGCCUGCACGGCAGCAGCCCAGCAAACGGCGGAAACGGAAGAUGUCAGGGGGCAGUACUAUGAGCUCCGGGGGUGGCAAUACCAAUAACAGCAACAGCAAGAAGAAGAGCCCGGCCAGCACCUUCGCCCUCUCCAGCCAGGAUGUGAUGGUGGUGGGGGAGCCCACCCUAAUGGGCGGGGAGUUCGGGGACGAGGACGAGAGGCUCAUCACCCGGCUGGAGAACACCCAGUUUGACGCGGCCAACGGCAUUGACGACGAGGACAGCUUUAACAACUCCCCCGCACUGGGCGCCAACAGCCCCUGGAACAGCAAGCCUCCGUCCAGCCAAGAAAGCAAAUCGGAGAACCCCACCUCACAGGCUUCCCAGUAAAGGCCGGCCAUGUCUACCCAGUGCUCUGCCUGCCUGCCCCACCCCUCACAGCCCCAGGGAGCAGAAGACAGAAUGAAGAGACUGAACAUCUAAAAUGCACAGCCUCCAUCCACCCACUUCAGGGAGGAACUGGACUCACUUGGGGCAGGUGCCAAGAUUUGCCCCCCAGUGGCCCUGGGCUGGGUCUGUCCUCUGCAGAGCCUUCUGGGGGAAGGGGGUGCUCAUGUGGAUAUCCACGUGGAUUCUGGACCUCUAAGAAAUGUCCUGAUCACCCCCCAGGGCAUUUGCCUCCAUCCUCACCCCAGGUUCUGGGUUCCUCAUCCUCCUGACUCCACCCCCUUCAAGCCUGGGGUUGUCUGUACCCACAACCCUUAGGAACUUAAAGCUAUGGGGCUUAUUUGUGUGCCCCUCCCCUAACCCUCCCUGUAGGUGGUGGGUAGUAGAGGGGCAAAGCUCUGGGCUCCUCCUCCCUUCUGCCACCUAUCCCAGCUCCAAGUUUUUUUUUUUUUAAAUAAUAUUAAAAAUGUAAAUUUAAAAAAAAAAACUCAUGUUCCCCCUACCUUCCCCCUAAUAAAAGUCCAACUACCUCCCUACUCCUGGCAGUUGGAGGGCCUAGGUCCCAGUGGGGGUGAGAGUGGGGGUAUGGGGGUAUAUAUAUACCAUUUUAUACAGUUUGAGAGCUUCAGACCAAGGAGACACUUUGCCAUCUCUCUUCCCUUUUCCUCUGGGGUGACUGGUGUUGGGGAAGGCAUGUCAUGGGGUAGGGAAGCCAUUGAUGUCCACGCCUGCCCCCCUUUGUGACAGCCCCACACUGUUGUCUCUGUCCCCUCAUCCUCCAGGACUCUCUGGCCUGCCCUCCUAGUGCUUGUGACUCCGUCUAUCCCGGCCCCCAAUCCCCCGCCCACCCCCAUGGUGUGUAUAUUCUUUACAAGUCGUCCACUAGAGCAGCUGUCUUGGAUGGGGGGGGGGGGCUGGGGGAGCUCCUUCCCUUAGGGAGUGUGGAGGGCAAGGAGCAGCCUUGUUUGUCAUUGUGUUUUGUUUUGUUUUGUCUCUGUUGGGCAGGCACAGGAUGGGGGAAGGGCUCACCCGCUGUCCUUGGGGACUUUCUUCCCCCAACCCUCAAACUGCAUAUCUAGUCCUAGUCUGCCUUCCACAAAGGGGAAGGAGCCACUGAGGGCCUCCCAGCUCUAAGCCCACCAGGAAGAAGUAGGCCAUGGUCCCCUGUCCCCACCACCAGCUGACAUAGAAUCUUCAUCUGCCAAUUUCCCCUGCCCCUCCUUCCUCACAGGAGAGAGGAGGAGGCAGCCAGGAUUCUCAGUUCCAUUUCACAGAUGGACACACGCAUGGAAGAGGCUCAGGACCCAGAAUGAGGCUGAGAGCAGGGUUCUAUGAGUCUAGACCCAGCUCUGUUGCAUUCCUGCCUUUUCCUGUGGUCAGUUCUAGAAGUGUUAGCACCACCUCUUUCCCCACUCCUCCCUCUGGAUUCCGAGGUCCCCUACACCAUUUCCUCCACUCUAGCUGCUGCUGUUGGAAGGGUAUUAUGUCAGGAGCUGAGGGGAGGGGUGGGGAAGAUGGAUGUCCCACCCCAGUGGUAAUGCCUUUUUUCUUUGCGGGGGGGCCUAUUUGAGUCAUGUAUGGUACCGAUCAAUAAAGAUACUUUUCAGUUUGA